GAACGAAAGAGAAAACACGGGAAAUCCAUCGGACAGUACAAAGAUGAGCCCAAACACAGUUUACUACUGGGGACUCCUGGUACUCUUCCUUAUCCAAGUUCAAGCCAGACCCAGACCACAGAACAGUCUCCAGACUUUGUCCAAGCUGUUGCAGAGACAGGUUGAGCACUAUCUGUUACAAGAAGAUUUAGAGGACAGAGCAGACGAGACAUCUCCGGUUGGCAUCUCAUUCGACCUGCAAAAUGGCCAGCGUAGCUGGAACCAGAACUUGCAGGACCACGGAAACCAAUACAGAGUUCCUGAUGGUUCCCUUAUACAACUCCUCAGUGACAUUGCCAACAGUCCCUUGAGAUUAAAGACUAGAAGCAAGAAGGGGUCAACAGGAGGAUGUUUUGGAGUGAAAUUGGAUAGAAUUGGUGCAAUGAGUGACUUGGGAUGCUGACCAUUUAACUGGAGGGCUUCGCUGACAGUGCCGGACAGCAAGGACAACCUAACUAUGGCUCUAUCCACGUUUCAAAGUUUGCUUCAAUUAAAGCUGUUUCGACUUGUGUU